UAAAAUGGCGGAAUGUGUUGUUGUGAAGUUUGGCGGGGAUAGAGGUGUUAGUUGCGGUGACGAUGGUAACAGUAAUUUGCAAGAUGAAAUGCACAACAGUACAUCAUACCAGACAUUCGGGAUUUACCACGCUGUGUGUAUUGCGUUGUCAAUUGUGACUUACGUCGUUGACGUUGUACUUCAUUGCUGGCUGGCAUACUUUUAUUUAACUCAAGGACAUGGGCCGUAUUUUGCUUAUUUUGGUUUAACAGUAACAUUUUUAGUGGUGCCAGCGCUUAUAUCAACCGCGUUCAGCAUGCGAUGGUACAUAAAUGAUGUGGAUGAACCAUCAUUGCCUAAACCACCACUGUGGAAAUGGGUGGUGAGGAUAAUAAUGCUGCUUCUACAGUUAGCUCCACUACUUAGGUAUUUUGACACAUUGUCAUAUGGAUGCCGGAGUGUGAUUGCUGGGAAGUUGGGAAAUGGGAUCAGACAGCAAAAAUUGUACAGAAUAAUGCUAGAUGAAGACUCUGAUGCUUCCUUGUUAAGACUGUUCCACUGUUUCCUUCAUUCUUUUCCACAAGCAGUACUUCAGCUUAUGAUUCUGCUUUCGGCUGCAAACAUCCAAGAAACGAGCCCAGUUCAAGGUCUCCAGUCUUGGGCUGUUGCGUGCUCUUUAAUAUCUAUUGCCUGGUCACUCACCUCUUACCAUCGAUCUGUAAGGUUUGCCAGAGAUGAUAAAGAAAAAUUGGCAUGGCAAGGAGCUGUGAUGCAGUUUUGCUGGCAUCUGUUGAGUGCAGUGUCACGUGUUCUGGCUUUGAGUCUACUGGCUGCGCUCUAUCCUGCCUGGAUGGGGAUGGUCUGCCUGGCUCACUGGAUGGUGAUGUCAGCAUGGCUGGCUCUCAGCCACCAACCUACUGCAGUCUGUACCAGUCGCUGCGAGGAGUUGCUCUUUAGUGCUGCUCUGGGAUUUGCAUAUAUUUUGACUUUUGUGGCCCCACGUGAUGGACCGACUAGAUAUUCGUACCUUGCAUAUUACUUGGUGUUCUUUAUGGAAAACACUGGUGCUCUUGUUGUGUGGUGUGUUUCAAGCAACUCCGCACAAAAUCCUAUCCUGUACUAUGGAGCCGUUGUUGUCCAGACAACAGCUUUUCUUCUUGCCAUUUUUUUUAUGCUUACGUAUUAUCGACACUUCCAUCCAAGUGGAACUACUAUCAGGCUCAGCAAAAGCAUUGCUAUUACGGAUCCGGGAACAGAGCUGAAACGUCGGACUACGAACCAAUAAAAAGUUAACAGUUGGUGUUUACUUGUUAUGUGAUCAGAAGCUAUGUCACGAAAAUACAGUAUUUAUGUAUAUAAGAUUAACAGAGAUAUAUGUAUACAUAUAUGUAUAUUUUAAAUAUUUGAAUUCUCAAAGCGGAUUGAUAAUUUUGAUAUGGUGAGUUGAAGCACAAUU